UUGACAUAUUACGGUAUAUAAAAACAUACUACGAACAGAUGUUUAAUGUUUAUUGUAUAUCAAAAACGAUUUAAAUAAAUUAGUUUUUAUCUUAUGAUUGUGAACUAACCAUAUGAGCACUUAUAAAUUUGUAUUAUGAUAAUCCGUUUUGUACAUAAAUAAAUACAAACUGCUCUUAAUUUCAAUAAAAUGACGAAGGAACAGCUCGAAAAACCACAAUGCCAGUUCUUCGUUGUACGAAAGAAGCGGUUAUGCCGUAUGACAGUACGACCAGGUAGAAAUUAUUGUGGGGAACAUGAGCCGCAGCCGCGGACUGAAGAAGGUCAGGAUGACACACGAAUACCGUGUCCCAAUGAUCCUAAACACACCUGCUAUGCCAGCAAGCUCGAAAAGCACCUUGCUAUAUGCAAUGCACGGCAACAAGAGAGACCAGAGUACAUACAACAAGAUGUAAACGCUCCUCCUGAAACUGGACCUGAGAGAAAGCCUCUCUCCCAAACACCUCUGAUAAAAAUUAUGAAACUCAUUGACAAAGUGAAUUAUCUUUAUGAAAAGCACAUAAAAGAUGAAAUCGGAACACUGUCAGAGAGAGAUAUCCAUCCAGCAGUGAAAGAAGAGUGGCAAACAGAUGGACGAACCGAGAGCUCUCUGCGCCACUUGCGACAGGCCUCCCGACUGAUGUACCUCAUUGAAGAAGAAUCUCUAGUGCAUGAUAACACUUGCUAUGUUGAACUUGGUGCUGGAAAAGGUCACCUUUCGUACUUCGCGUGGCAAGCGUGGUGCUCGCCGCCCAGCCGCAGUCGGGUGCUGCUCGUGGAGCGCGCCGCACUCAGACAUAAGCGUGACAACAAAAUACGAGAUGUCCUGUUAAAUCAAGCUAGUGAUAAACCUACUCAACACGUUAUUGACAAUGCUGUAUGUGGACAUGAGAGGGAUAAUAAUUAUAAAAAUCAAGUUGGUAAUAAACAAGUUAAUACAGUUAGAAAUGAAAGUGAACUUUACGAAAAACAAAGCAGCAAUAAUAAUGGCAACACAAUAAGAGACACUUCAAGUGAAGUUAAGAAUGAUGAGAAGUCAAACGAGGAUAUGUCAUUUAGAUUGCGAGCUGAUCUAGCUCAUUUGGUGCUAGACGCGGUACCUGCCGUGAAGAUUUGCGAUUCCGUUGUAGGUUUCGCUAAGCACCUAUGUGGUGUUGCUACAGACUACUCCAUGCGCUGUCUGACAGCAGCGGGCUCGCGCGGCAAGGCGCGCGGGCUCGUGCUGGCGACGUGCUGCCACCACCGCUGCAUGCGCGGAGCUUACGUUGCGAACCAGCAGCUCCAGGAAUUGGGUAUAGAUGCUGAUGAUUUCAAUGUUAUCCUUGGCGUAGUUUCGUGGGCAACUUGCGGGGAUGGGCGAAGUCGGGAUAAAAAACUAGAUUCAAGCCUUGACGCUGAAGACAGAACGUUCAAUACUGAGAAUUUGGAAAAUGAAGUGGGGACUAAAGCUUUGGGGCUGUCCCGCGACGCUCGAGAAGAAGUGGGGCGCCGGGCCAAAGCCUUGCUGGAUUGGGGACGCGUCUUGUACCUCAGGGGUUGCGGCUUCGAUGCUCGACUUGCGUAUUACGUGCACAAUUCCGUUUCACUCGAAAAUGUUUGUAUCAUAGCGAAAAAAAUAAUAAAACAAUAAAAUGCAAA